AUUUAUACCACUCACAUAUUGUAUGCUUUUGUUCCUGCCAAAAGCCUUGAUCCAUCGCAAAAAGAUGCAUUAGUCGAUAUCAUUACUACUCUUCUUAAUGAUAAAUCGCCGUUUACAAUUGGUAGUGUAAUAACAGCUUUUAAUGAAGUGUGUCCUGAUCGUUUAGAUCUAAUACAUCCACACUACCGAAAACUUUGUCGGAUGUUAAUUGAUGCGGAUGAAUGGGGUCAAAUUGCCAUUAUGGGCUUACUACUACGAUAUGCAAGGACACAAUUUUUGAAUCCAAACCCAGAUAACAAUCGGGUUUCUCAAAAGAAAAAGUCAAAGGCGUUUUAUUCUGAUGAAGAUUCUGACGAUUCGGAUAACUCUCUUGAUAAUUCUUAUGCUCUUGACCCAGAUCAUGAACAAUUACUAAGAGAUUCUUUACCUCUCUUGCAGAGCAGAAAUA